AUGCCAACUCACUAUCGCCGAUACCUCGUUUUCCUAUUCGUGGCCUUUUUAAUCUAUUUCUUAUUAUCGGAUAAUACAGAAGAUGAACAUGUUUUAUCAAGUCGUCGAGCCGAAGAGGUUGUUUUCGACCCAGAACCCGUCGAACGACCCGUCAAGGAGCACCCGAGCUACCAAAAGACGAUUGUAGCCAUUGGCGACCUCCAUGGAGACCUCAAGAAUGCUCUCAAGGUGCUCAAGAUGACUAAUGUCAUAGAUGAGAGCAACAACUGGUCGGGCAAGAUUGAUAUUCUCGUCCAAACCGGGGACAUUAUCGUAGAUCGCGGAGACGACACGAUUCCAAUUUUCCAUUUGAUGGACACGUUGCGAGCACAAGCCCGAGAAAGAGGCGGAAUUGUGCUCUCAAACCUUGGGAAUCACGAGUGGAUGAAUGCAAUAGGCGACUGGAGAUACGUCUAUCAGACCGAAAUCAAGACAUUUGGCGGGGUGGCUGAACGUCAAGCCGCGCUCUCCUCGACGGGUUGGCUAGGCCGUACCUGGGCGCAUAACUACACCGUCACAACACGUCUCCCACUGCACCCACACCUCGGCCCGCCCAAUACAGACUAUGACCCAAAAACGCGACCGACGAGCGACCCUCUGGCACAGGCAGCCCUCUCGUUUGUGCACGGUGGUCUGGCUCCAGAUUUCCCGUAUCUAAGUCCAUAUCCGUCAUCGAUCAAUAAUCUUGGCUCAUCGUUACUCCGAAAGCUCCAGACGCGCGUCCAGCCUCCACCGCAUCCCCCAAACCCCUACCCAGGCCUGCCACAAGAUGCGACAGUAGCAGAACAGUACCUGUACUCUGGUGACGGGCCUCUCUGGUAUCGUGGGUGGGCGCUUGAAGACGAAGCGGCUGCCUGCAGCAAAGUGGACGACGUCUUGCAACGUACGGGGACGCGACGACUGAUCAUGGGACACACUCCAACGUUUACAAACAUUGUUUCACGAUGUGGCGGCAAGGUCAUUAUUAUUGACACAGGAAUCUCGCACGCGUACGGAGGGGUUCUCUCAGGCUUGAGCAUCACGUAUUCGCUGUAUCCGUUGGAUGGUGAUGCGAAACGCAAGCAGGACCAGCGGUGGCUAGAGACGGAAAAGGUGGCAGCGGUUUAUACUGACUUUAGCAAAAUUCUGGUGGAGGAAACGCGGGAGAUGGUUGGGGACUAUGGGGCUAGUUGA